UGCAUCAGUGCUACCUUUAUUCAAACUUGCCAACAACUUCCCAAACAAGAAGGAGAUGCUCAUUGAUUUUGACAAUAACGAAGCUGAGAGAUACAUUAAAAAGAAUUUAUAUGGAUAUGAUUCUCUGUAUGAAAUCACCAUUGAAUUUUAUCAAGAACUUGCAAAUAAUAUCGACCACAACUAUGAAGUACUUCUAGAACAAUUUGAGAAAGAAAAUGGUUCAAGACCAGAGGGAUCGUUAAAAGAAAUCAGCAAAGAGAAGUUCCAAUCUAUCACAAUGAAUUACUCAUGGAUCAUAAGAAGUCAUCUUCUUCUGAGAAUAUUGUUUUUCUGUCUGAAACAACUGCUUGAUGUAGAGAUCAACCCUACUCUUGCAUUCAAAGAUGAUACAUGCAUGUUGCAAUUCUUUGCUAAAAUUGGUUACUUUAUUGACAUUCAGCAUUUCCUUGUAAACUGUAAUACUGGAAGACUUUACAAAUUUAACAAUAGUUCAAAAACUUCUGUGCCUAUUGGCAUGAGUGAAAUUCGUAUAAUGAGCCACAUGAUCAAGAUCAACAAAGAGUUCCUUAAAAUGGUCAAAAUGUACUACUAUUCUUUAUGAAUGAUGAAUAAGCUAGAACCUGUCCCUUGUGAUAGAGAAGAUUUUGACAUACUCAAGUUGCUCUCAGGAGUUAAUUUGGCCUUCUUGAAACCUCAUCAGAAUGAGGUCCUUGGGUACAUGCUUACUAAGUUUGAAAGUUAUGAUGUUGACAGCCUAAAAACACUUCUUAAAGAAGAUGAAUCGGUCAGGAGUAAAUUAAAACUUCUCGUUGAAAAAGUGAAAAUAACUUGUGUAUUGUCUUACUGAGACCUAAGUUUUACGGUUGACUCUCUCACCUCAUAUCUCGAAAGAACUUACAAUUUACUGAACUCAAUUUUGAUAAUGGGUACAAGCCACGAGAUCUUCGGCUUUUAUGUAACACUCAUUAAAAUUUUUGAGUUCCACUGAAUGUACAAGAAAAUGAAGCCUUCUGGAGUGAAUCGUUCUCUACAAAUCAAAAAUGAACUGUUACAAAGAGUAUUUGACGAUAUUCAGCCUCAUUCCAAGAUGCUCUCAGAACAAGGAGCCGAUACAACCGAGCAUCACGAAGACAUUGUUUCAAUAUAUUUAACUCUGAUGAGAACACUGAAGACAAAGGAAGAGGCAAAUCUUUUCAGGAAAACUUCAGUCUCACCAGCAUUCUGCAAAUCUAAGAGAGCAGCUCAGCCAGGGUGCUGGUAUGAUAUCUUAGAGUAUCAUUCGAUACAAUUUACUAUCAAACAAGAAAUAAUCGAUGGAGCCGGUUUGGAUGAACACAUAAAUCCUGAAUACACUCAAGAUCACCCCUUGUUCGAAUACAUCGACAAGUACCUUUACACCACACAAAAAGACACUUACCAAGACUUUCCACCACUGGGAGCUCUCUCAGACCUAUCAAAGAUAUUCACGAUGUACGUGCACAUCCUAGGCUACACUGAGACUAUCCAGAAUAUUUGUACUGUCUUCGGAGAUCUCAGUGAGGGCGAGAUCUAUCCGAAUGUGUACAGUGUGGGAGAUGUGGAGAGAGUUAAGGAAAUUAGGUUUGAAGAAAUUAAGGGGAACAGAGAGAUGGAGGAGAGUUUGGUGAGGGUUUUUGAGAGCCAGAAGAGUUUUAUGCUCCUUGUGGGACUUUGGAAGCAGGUCAAUCGGGAAUAUGAGGAGUAUAAGGCUGAGAAUGGGGGUUUGGAUGAGAAAUAUCGGCUUUUUAUGAAUUUGGAGUUCUUGUCGCUUGAGAAGAGUGGACUGAAGGAGAGAAUCAAAGAUCUUGAUGAGUUUAAACAGCUUGAUAUUUCUACAGUUGUUAGAGCUGAUGAACUCACUGAAGCCCAUCUCAAGAAAAAUAAUGAGCCAUCUGAAGAAGCAAAGGAAGAAAUUAAAGAAGAGGUCAAAGAGGAAGUUAAAGAGGAGGUUAAAGAACCCCCUCAAGAAGAGGAUGAUGACUGGGAAGCUGAAGAAGAUAAAGCAUUUUUACAAAAUUUUUCUCAAAACCUCUCUGAUUUAAUGCCACAAAAUGGACCUGCUCAAGAAAUUAUCAAGGAAGUGAUUGUAGAAGACAAAAGAGUAUUCACAGCUUUGGAAACAAUCCACCAAAUAACAAACUGCAUUAAAUAUUUUAUUCUUGACAAAAAGUCUGCUGGUGAAAUUUUAGCCCAGCUCAAAGCAGUUCAUAAUGAGAAUGUUCUAGAGUAUAAUUAUGUCAAGAAAAUGACUUUCUUCUACUCAAUUCCAAACCUCAAUCAAAAUGCCAGAAAUAUGAUAAACAGAUGGAUGAACAAGAAGAUGAAGCAGAAGAGCACCUUCAUCUCCAGAGAUUAUUUCCUCAGCUACAUCAAGAUGCCUACUGAUAAGUUGACUGUUGACGAUAAGCAAAGAUAUGGGAUGCUUGUAUCAGCUCUGCUGUUCCAAUCCUUAAAAGACGAAAAACAACCAGUCAGCCAGAAAAGCAUCAAAAGUCUUAUCAAAGCCAGCGGAGCUGCUAUUCCAGAAAACUCACUUUGGCUUUCUCUGAUAAGCGAUCCUUACACAUUAGAGAAAUUAGAUAGAGGAAUCUGGACAAACUCGAUAACUGAAAUAUUUAACGAACUGGAUGAAAGAUACACAAGCACUAGUUCUGAACCCAUAGAUGAAGGAGAAGUUGACGUUGCAGCAUUGUUUGGAGGAGAUGAUGAUGAUUACUAAAAGAUGACCAAUCUCAGAAAAUCUCUACUGAAGAUCCCAAAAGUUGUCAUUUAAAAAGUAGAGAUUAUUCUUUUAAAAGUUAGCAC